GGAUGCCGAUAAACAAAGAUUGCAAAGUUGGUCAUUCUUUUGUAUGUCACCUGUUUCCCACAACACACGUCCUUGAUUAGGUAUUUAGGCUAGGAAAAUUGUCCGGCUGACACCGAGAACGACCAUGACGCAUAUCAAGCAUCCAUUGUGUUGUUUGUAUGGGCCACAAUCAAAAUUGAAGCCCUAGCAUUCGAAGCACGCAUCUGAAUCGGUUCCAACAUACCGUAAGACCAAUAAGGCGACAAUAAAGAGUAUCUGCCUACCGAACAAUAUUAUUCGGUCAAGUACGGUCACGAGACGACGUAUCCGAAUAUUCUUUGCGCGCGAAAUUAAAUAUUUUUUUUUUCAGUAAGCGGGUUGGAUUCUAAAAUUUCUUUAUAAACAGCCAGCGUGCCAGUUGCUCAAUGUUUAAUGUUUUUUUAAUUUAAUUUAGUACUAACUCACUUUCUAAAUUCGCUCGACUCCCAUGUUAGAUGUUCGUGAUGACCGCUUUAAUUGUAAUGAAUUCUGCUCGCUUCGUUGCGAUUUAUAUAAUAUUUUAAUGGCCACUGUGUGGUCAAGAUUUGUUUUUUCCAAAGUUUACUUAGUUUAAAAACGUCCGAGGAGUGCACCCAUCGUGUUUUGUUACGCGAUUGUUUUUGCGCGUAUGUGGUUGUUGUACAUUGCCGAUUUGUGAAGUGAGUGAAAUGGAACGUUACACAGUGACCCGUCGUUCGAUACGGAACAAGAACAAUGACGGACUGUUGACAAAGUGGAGGAAGAAAUAUGUUGGUGGUAUCCUGAAAAAACACACAUGGAUUAGCAGUGGAUAUGAUUUGAACAAUGCCAGUUAUGUGAUCAACCGACGGUACUCGAAGGGCAAGAUGUCGCCAGUUUGCCACAAUUUUGUCCAGAAUGCAUGGAAGAAGGACUUCUGCUCGAAUUGCUUCAAGUCUCGCGAGGAACAUGUCAAACACGAGAAAACAAGUGAAGGCAGCAAGUACCUCGCCACACCUUUCCAGAACAGAAGCACUUUCUUCAAGAAAACGCCACAGAGCAUACUCAAAAUUCAAUCCAAAAAGAAAAACAAACGUAAUGUUCGAUUUCCAGAAGAGGUAUGCAGUGUCAUAGGUUACGGAGGAGAUGAUUGGUCUGACGGAGAAGAAUUCGAAGUCUCAGAAGAUAAUGAGGACGAUGACACAUUUCCAGAAACAGAAGAGGAGAGAGAGCUUCAUAAAAUUACAAAAUCGAAUACAGAUUUUAAUACUGUGAAAGCUAAUUUGCUGGGAGAUUCUGUAAGUAAGUCUUACACUUCAUUGAUGCUAGGUAAGAUGCAGACUGAUUCAGAUGGUAAAAAGAAAACUCUGCUAGUAUCAGUUACUCCAUUUGGACAGGAUAAUAAAAAUCCUACUGUUAAGUCCCAUAUUCGCAAACCCGCCGCUGUCAUACAAGUUGCAGAACAACCCUCAGAGGAGACAAAUAAUUAUAAAACCAACAUAAUAUUAUCAACCUAUGUUAAAGAAACGGAGACGAUUAUUUGCCCCGAAGGAUCGACUGGUACUAUUUGUACUGAAAAGUCAUUAUUAGAAGAAAUAUCAGAAACUUUAAAGCAAAAUAGGCUAGGUAAUGGAUCUGAAUUAGGUUUGUCACAAAAAAAUAACAUCAAACCUAUGGUUGUAGAAGAGAAAAUAAAAGAGAGUAUGCAAGACGAAGUAGAUAAAAAAGAAAUGACUGAAACGAAAAAAAACGGAAUCGUAAGAAAAUCUCCUUUAGCCAAAACACAAGACCGGCCUAAAGUUAAUUUAAGUAGAUCAGAGUUCAAAUUCUGUAAAAUCAAUAUAGAGAGUAGUAGCGUGGACUCAGCUGUAAGCACUUUGAACUCGACUACAAAUAACUCCUUGGCAUCCGACGACGAAAGUUUUAGUGGGCGGACUGACUCAGAUAAUGAUGACAGUGGGCAUUUUUCAGAAUCAAAUAAAAGUGAAGAAACCGUUAAGAUAAAAGUAUUCAACGAAAGUGAUAAAAACAUUAAGCUAUCACCUAUGGGCCAACUGCGCAAAAUAGACGGGCAGUCAAAUGGUGGAUAUUCAACUUUCCAAACUCCAAUAAUGGAUAUGCCCGUAAUAAUACCAAAGCAACCAGAAAAUAUGUUUACACCUGAAGCCAGUCGUGAACUAGCUGGUGAACCAGAUGGUCGGGCAGAUCCAGACGAUACGUCAGAAGCUCCGGCUUUGCCGAAGAGUCCGAUACCCACAAUGGAUCCCCGUCCAUCAUUUUUGCAUGGCAUGAUUACAGACAUAAUGCCUGCUUCCAAGCCAGCUUUGCCCGAAAAACCGAAACUUCCUGCCAAGCCUGUUAUUAAGCAGACUACUAAGAAAAAUUCUACUUCGACACACCAACAACAUUUAACAAUGCAUUUACAAAAUAAUAUAAAAAGAGAUGAAGAACUUACAAGAGCCAACAGCGAAGAAAAAAAUAACGAAAUUAACGAAAUACAUGAAGAUAAACCAGAACCUAUUUAUUAUGCAAAACCAGUGUUAACGAAACAAGAUAGUGACACUUCUCUAAAUAGUUUAAGUAAACGGAAAGCUCCAACACCUCCGAUGUCUCCAUCAGUAGAAGAAUACUCAAAUAAUUUGUACCAAAGAAACACUAAUGGCUUUAUGAAAUCCGAUUCACCAGUUGUAAGAGAAAUGGAGAAGAGAGAAAGAGCUUCUAUAUCAGCAGCUCCUAAGCAAAGAUCUAUGCAGGAUGAUGUGAUAGAAGUUAAAAAAGUUGACGUCAUACCGGAACCAGCACCUAGAAGAAACAUUUCUCUAUCUCAUGACAACCUGCUUUUAGAUGAGAAGCGGAAAGGAAAGCUCAAAUUUUCAAUAAAAAAGUUACUUCGAAUAGGUUCAUCGAAAGAACUUGAUAAAAAGGAAUUGAGUGUGGCGACCGUUACGAAAGUUGUCCCCAAAAGUGAUGAAAUAUACGAUUUGGCACCGAAACCUAAACCUCGCCUUGUCAUCAUACAUCCUUUAGACAUAAACGGGUCGAAUGUAGAAGUUGUGAAGUCGAAUUGUGAAAUCUCCGACAACCUGCGAAGAAUAAGUCACGACGAUGUGUCAUCAAUAUACAGUGGUAGUUCCACGGAGGUAGAAAUGCCAAAAAUUAUAAAUAAACCACCUCCACCGCCGAGACAUUCAAGCGAAGAUUACAAAGCUAUUUCAAAUGUGCCAAAACCUGCGAGGCCUCCGCCGCCGAAAUCAGCAGUUCUACAAAAACAACAAAAGCAGCAAACAUGGACGCCACCAAAUAAAGGAGACAAUAUUUAUGCUAAUUUAGGAGAAAUAAGGUCAGCAUUGGCGCCACGGAAACCUGAACGAACAGCCAGUAUGAGGGAACGCGAAGCCCAUUUAGAGCUGCCUAAACGAAGAACGUCCAUCGAUGACGACAAAGAUGAAGUCGACGAUGGACCACAGGAGCUGGUGCAAGCCACCAAUGACGCCGUCAUACACAACUAUGAUGAUGUAUACAACUCCGCUAAAUAUGAGGAAGAGACAAGCGACUCGGCUAAAAACAGCGACAGUGAUUACGAAUAUGUCCAUCACGCGCACUCAAGCUCACCGGAAUGUGACGCAGCAAUCAAAACCGACGAAGCCGAGACCAGAUGCGAAGUCAGAAAAACCGCCGAGACCACUGAAUACCCUAAAUACAACAACGGAAUUUUUAACAGAUCCUCACUACCUUACUGCGGCAGUGAAACAGAGUCCGAGAUAUAUUCUCCGUACAGUUUCUAUAGCUCAAACGACAAUAUGGACAGUCCUAACAACGAGGAUUACCAAAAUGAGAUGACACCGAAAAACACCACGAAUAAACUGCGAGUGCGAAAGGGACGCAGCGUCGUGCAUAGAAAUCUGGAGGAUAAUUAUGGUGCCGUCGUUAUUGCGAAUCACGAAGCGCUUGCGCAGGUUUUAGAACAGGUUCAACAAAGUGCUACAAUGCAGCCUUCGCUCCGAGGACUGAAAGCUUGCACCAAUCUUCGGUGGAACGAUUUCUCCAUUCAAUCCAGCCAUAAACAUAACCUUGUAAAAGCUGGAAAGAGAAUCUUCCACCAGGCAAUAUGGAACUCGAAUCAAGGGCCAGUGAAUGUGACCCUGAUGUUGUACAAAGAGCAGAUGGCAUCACAAAUGAUAUGUCAGCAGUCGGUGCAGCCGCAAACCCUCAGUUUGAAUGCCAUCACCGAGUUCUGUGACCUUGUACCUAAACUACAUUUCGGAGAAGAGGGAGAAGAUUUAGUUCAAGCAACCAUUGUGGUGCUGGCACACGCGCAAGUCGACACCAUCCAGUCAUACGGCGAGAGCCUUCACGCCACAGAAGGACUCACCACCAAAGAGUACCAACUAGUGCAGACGGAACAAAUUCACGAGGCCAUAUUCAUGAUGUUGCAACUCAUAAACGGACUCAAGUGCCUCCAAGCCAGGGGCGUGGAAGAGAUCCCUGAGACUUUGACAGCGUUCAUAGCUUUAAAGGAGAUGCAACCGCUAGCUUCGCAUGGAAGCACCCUGAAUUUACCUUCUCCAGAUGAUAGAUUGAACUCGCUCUGGGCACCGAAAACCAAUAGCUACGGGCGGUUGUGUAUUUUGCAAGGAUUGAGCGAAGAAGCCAACUGUAGCAAAUCUUCGGACGAAGGGCACCUCGACUCAUUAUGCAAAUGCGCCAUCAAAGCUCUCGAAAUCUUACUGCCAGGGGAGAAGCUAACGCCACUACUAAAGGAAGUUCUUCACGAAGAACGGGCCGUUUCCCUGAACCACGCAAAAUCUGUUCUAGAAUUCAUGUUAUGGGGACCUCUGGAUGUCGUACAAGGAGUUCCGGUUGAUGACAGAGAAUUGUCUCUUCAAAGAUGGCUGGACCUAGAAAGGGCAACAGUUUUACAUGGGUUGGUGAGAACUAGAGUUCAACUAAAUGUUUUCGAACAACUUCAUCUGAUGUUCUUAGUAAGGUCGACAGCCAAAGCAAUGUGCGAUGCCUCAGUCCUUCUAGAAAAAGCCAGCGUUUAUUGAACUGAUUAUGUAAAUUUCUAAGCUUUAGAAUAGGUGACCUGUUUUAUAUGCCACGUGUUGUUACUACAAUGAUCGUGUUAAAGUAUAAAGUGUACUUCAAUGAUUCUGUUAAAGUAUCAAGUGUACUUCAAUGAUUGUGUUAAAGUAUCAAGUGUACUUCAAUGAUUGUGUUAAAGUAUCAAGUGUACUUCAAUGAUUGUGUCGAUUUAAGUAUCAAGUGCGCGUGUGAUCCGGGAAAUCUAUUAGCCUUAGUCCAUAACUUAGUUAUCUUUUAGGCACCUGGAAGACUUGAUUUAAAUUAAUUGUUAUUUGUAACUUUAUUUACGUUCACAUCCCACCCGAUGAAAUGAGUCAAAUUAAUGACCGCUUUUAUGUUAUUUAUAUUUUUUUUGUUUUCAAACUGUACAUGUUGCCGGGCAAUCAAUGUAUAGAAAAAAAACCUUAUUUGUUACUGAAACUUUUCAUUAAAAUUUAAAUUAAUAGAAAUGUGUGUACGUCGAUUUUCAGUACCAUGACUUGAUUUGGUUUCUUUAAUGCAUUAAAAUCGUUAAAUAUUUCAUAUAUUAUAACAACAAAUUAAUAUUUGGUUUGCGUCAGAUACACUGUGAGUGGGUAAAUAAAUUUAUCAAGAUUGUAAUAAGUAGGUACUUCAUUCAACAUAAAAAAGUACUAUUAUAAAAUUUAAGAUUAUUUAAUUGGACUAUAGGAUUUGGGUGCCAAUUGAACUGCAGUUAUAUAUACUCAUUGUAUGUUAAUAUAUUCUCGGUGCCUUAUUUACAUUGUAUUAUAUAGAUUACUGUAAAUUUUACUCAAUAUAUUUAUAUUUAAUGUUGGAGCUCUUUUAUUGUAGCACACGAGUUCAAAAUAUUGUUUUAUUAAGAAAUCAUCGAAUAUACAGAUUUUUA